AUAAAGAGACCACGAAUGUCUCGUGUCGUAGCGGAGGAUAUUUCACCGGCGAGAGAUAGUUUGCCAUUCUAUGAUCGACGGCAACUCAUGGAGCUCGAAGAGUUCCAGUACGGCGGCUCCCCCGAGUCCCCCACGUUGGGCCAGCUGUUGAAGAACGUCGGGGACGCUCGCAAGGAGGCGACCGGCGACGAGACGCCGGUGCACCAGGUCCUUGAGCUGGCCGAUGCGAGUCUCGACCCGAGGUCUCUUCCCUUCGUGCUAUCCUUCAGCAAUUUGACGUACAGCGUGAAGGUUCGUCGAAAAAUGGCGCUGCCGCCGGUUUUCCGGGGUAGUCGGAACCAGCUUGGCGCGGAGGAUCCAUUCGGUGGCGAGAACUUUUUCUCGAGAACAAAGACUUUACUCAACGAUAUAUCCGGGGAAGCGCGCGACGGUGAAAUACUGGCCGUGCUCGGCGCCAGCGGAUCGGGGAAGUCGACGCUGAUCGAUGCUCUGGCGAACCGAAUCGCCAAAGGAAGCUUGAAAGGGACGGUGAGUUUAAACGGCGAAGCGUUGGAAUCUCGUCUUCUCAAGGUAAUAUCGGCUUACGUAAUGCAAGACGAUCUUCUCUUUCCGAUGCUAACAGUCGAAGAAACUCUCAUGUUCGCCGCCGAGUUCAGACUCCCCCGCGCACUCUCCAAAUCCAAGAAGAAGAUGAGAGUUCAAGCCCUAAUCGAUCAACUGGGGCUCCGAAAUGCCUCCAAGACCGUGAUCGGCGACGAAGGCCACCGUGGGGUGUCCGGCGGCGAACGACGGCGCGUAUCCAUCGGCAUCGACAUAAUCCACGAUCCGAUCAUCCUCUUCCUCGACGAACCGACCUCGGGGCUGGACUCCACCAGCGCCUUCAUGGUGGUGAAAGUCCUGCAGAGAAUCGCUCAGAGCGGAAGCAUUGUUAUAAUGACCGUACACCAGCCGAGCUAUCGCAUCCUCGGCUUGCUCGAUCACCUCCUCUUUCUCUCUCGCGGGCAGACCGUUUACAGCGGUUCACCGUCGAACCUCCCGCUCUUCUUCUCCGAGUUUGGGCAUCCGAUCCCGGAGAACGAGAACCGCACGGAGUUCGCUCUCGAUUUGAUCCGCGAGCUCGAAGGAUCCCCUGGCGGAACAAAAAGCCUGGUAGAAUUCAACAAGUCGUGGCAAAGCAUGAAGCAUCCCCGAAUCGGCAACGAGUCGGUCGACCGGCACGGAUUGUCCUUGAAGGAAGCCAUCAGCGCGAGCAUAUCGAGAGGAAAAUUAGUCUCCGGUGCCACCAACAACGCCAGUCCGUCGUCGAUGGUGCCGACGUUCGCGAACCCGUUCUGGAUCGAAAUGGCGGUGCUCUCGAGACGAUCCGUAAAGAACUCUCGCCGAAUGCCAGAACUGUUUGGGAUUCGGUUAGGCGCAGUCAUGGUCACGGGCUUCAUACUCGCCACAAUGUUCUGGCAACUGGACAAUUCCCCUAAGGGCGUGCAGGAGCGGUUAGGAUUCUUCGCUUUUGCAAUGUCAACAACUUUCUACACUUGCGCCGACGCUCUACCCGUAUUCCUCCAAGAGCGGUACAUCUUCAUGAGAGAAACCGCCCACAACGCCUACCGCCGCUGGUCGUACGUGCUCUCCCACGCGCUCGUCGCACUUCCUUCCCUAGUCUUCCUCUCGCUCGCGUUCGCCGCGGCGACGUUUUGGGCGGUGGGCCUCGACGGGGGAUUCUCCGGUUUCUUGUUCUACUUCUUCAUCAUUCUCGCGUCUUUCUGGGCCGGAAGCUCUUUCGUGACGUUUCUCUCCGGCGUAGUCCCUCACGUCAUGCUCGGCUACACCAUCGUGGUCGCCAUUUUAGCCUAUUUCCUGCUCUUCAGCGGCUUCUUCAUCAACCGGGACAGGAUUCCGUCGUACUGGAUAUGGUUCCACUACAUCUCUCUGGUGAAGUACCCGUACGAAGGGGUGCUGAGGAACGAGUUCUCGGACCCGACGAAAUGCUUCGUGCGGGGAGUUCAGAUGUUCGACAACACCCCGCUGGCGGCGGUUCCGACGGCCAUGAAAAUAAACCUGCUGAAGAGUCUGAGUGCGUCGCUGGGGUUGAACAUUACGAGCACGACAUGCGUGACGACGGGGUCGGACAUAUUGCAGCAGCAGGGCAUCACGGAUUUGAGCAAGUGGAAUUGCUUGUGGGUCACUGUUGCGUGGGGAUUCUUCUUCAGGAUUCUGUUCUACUUCUCUUUGUUGGUGGGAAGCAAGAACAAGAGGAGGUGAUCGAUGGAUGAGCAGAUGAUCAGGUUGUGCGGCCUGUAGGCGGGACCUAACAACGGUUGACCUACCACACUAAGCC